AAUGCCUUACAAGAAAUGAUUGAACUGGUCAUCAAAAUUAAUGAAGAUUUCGAACAAUUGCACGAUUCAAGGCCCAGUAAAAAUAUAAAAGGUUUUUUACAAUAUUGGAAUAUUUAUGUGCCGAAAACUGUAACUACACCAAAAAUGAAUUAUACAUAA